AUGCCUUCAAAAACCUUCAACAUCACCGUCCUUCCCGGCGACGGCAUCGGCCCCGAAGUCACUGCUGAGGCAGUGAAAGUUCUGAAGGCGCUUUUCCCCUCCGGCUCGGAUGUUGAGCUCAAGCUUACAGAAUAUGACUUCGGUGGUGCCGCCAUCGAGGCUGUUGGCGAGCCAUUGCCUGCACCUACACUCGAGGCUUGCAAGAAGGCCGAUGCUAUUCUCAUGGGUUCUAUCGGUGGUCCUAAAUGGGGCGUCGAUGCGAAAGUACGGCCCGAACCUGGACUCCUGGCCCUCCGCAAAGCCCUCGGCGUGUACGCGAACAUCCGGCCCGCUUCCUUUGCAUCGGAGUCGCUUCUCGAACUCUCACCCCUGAAGGAGAGCGUGACGAAGGGCGUGAACAUUAUCUGUGUGCGUGAACUUCUCGGUGGCGCGUACUUUGGCCCACGGAAGGAGGCCGGCACGGCGGACGCGACCACGGACGAGACGACGGCAUGGGAUCAAAUGGUUUACAGCGUUGAUGAGAUCAAACGCAUCACUCGUGUGGCGGCCAAUAUCGCACUUAGUACCAACCCACCUCUCGCCGUUCACUCGGUCGACAAAGCGAACGUCCUUGCCACGAGCAGGCUGUGGCGCAAGGUCGUGACGGAGACGCUGAAGGCGGAGUUCCCAACGAUCACCUUCGACCACCAGUUUGUUGACUCCGCAAGCAUGCUCAUCGUUGCCAACCCGAAGAAGCUCAAUGGUGUUUUGCUGACUGAGAACCUGUUCGGUGACAUCUUGUCGGACGAGUCCAGCGUCAUUCCUGGUUCGCUGGGUCUCCUUCCUUCCGCUUCCCUUUCUGGUCCACCACCUGCCGCUGCAGAUCCCCUAUCGUCCAGCUUCAAGCCUACGUCUGGUCUCUACGAGCCUAUACACGGCUCUGCACCAGACAUUGCCGGUCAGGGCAUCGCGAACCCCAUCGGCACGAUCCUGUCUGCCGCUCUCCUGCUGCGCUACUCUCUCGGACUUGAGAAGCAGGCAGCGGCGAUCGAGAAGGCCGUCCGUAUCGUGCUUGACUCCCCGAGCAUCGGUGGCAAGGGCCUUCGCACGGCAGACCUCGGCGGCAGCGUGAAGACGACCGAGAUAGGCGACUCCAUUGCCGAAAUUGUGAAAACUCUGGUCUAA